AUGGACACAUUCGAAUACAAUGCAAAUCCUGGGCGAGUCAUUUUUGGCAGUGGCACUCUCCAAAAACUCCCCGAUGAGAUCUCCAGAUUAAAUCUGAAGGCUCCGCUGGUGCUGUCAACACCGCAGCAAGUUAGCCAGGCGGAGAAGGUUAAGGACAUUCUCAAGGGCAAGGUAGCUGGAAUCUUCAGUGAGGCUACCAUGCACACUCCGACACACGUUACAGAAAGGGCUCUCGAGUAUGUAAAGUCUCAGAAUGCUGAUCUAGUCGUCUCUAUCGGCGGAGGAAGCACCAUCGGACUAGGCAAAGCGAUCAGCAUCCGCACGGGGUUGCCUCAUAUUUGCAUUCCUACCACCUACGCCGGAAGUGAAAUGACCCCCAUCUUAGGUGAGACAGCCGAUGGCCUGAAGAAGACUCGUUCUGAUCCUCAGAUCCUUCCUGGGACUGUUAUCUACGAUGUCGAUCUGACUAUGACAUUGCCGCCGGCUAUGAGUGCUACUAGUGGUGUGAACGCUAUUGCUCAUGCAGUCGAAGCACUUUAUGCCCGCAACACUAACCCCGUCGUCAACUUGAUGGCUGUUGAGGGGACCCGUGCAGUAGCAUCGGCCCUUCCAGAGAUUGUCGAGAACCCCACAUCCCAAUCUGCUCGAUCUUCGGCUUUGUAUGGAGCAUGGCUCUGCGGAACAUGCCUUGGUAGUGUGGGUAUGUCUAUUCAUCAUAAACUAUGCCAUACGCUCGGGGGCACUUUCAAUUUGCCCCAUGCAGAGACACAUACAGCCGUUCUGCCCCAUGCAAUCUCUUACAACGCCCCGAAGAUUCCAGAGGCGAUGAAGAAGCUGGCCGAAGCACUUCCCGAUAGCAAUGGAGAUGCUAUCCAGGGUCUAAAUGUCUUGCUGUCUAAGUUGAAGGUCAAACGAGGUCUUCAGGCCUUUGGCAUGCAGGAGGAGGAUAUCGAUAAGGCAGCGGAUAUUGCUGUUAGCAACCCCUACUGGAAUCCACGGGAGAUUGAACGCGCACCCAUCCGUGAAUUGAUCCGGCGUAUGGGUACCGAAAUGGAAGCAGCCCCCGUGCUUUCCACCCCCGAUGAUCGUAUUCUUGAGGCCACAGAGCCCGUCGUUUCGCAAGAGACGACUCGUGCCUUGUCGGAUGAGGAGCUCUCGAUCACCUAUGACAUUGAACGCACGCUAAAGGAGAUCCGGGAGGCUCGGUAUAAGCGGAUCGCUCUACAGUUCCCUGAUGAUAUGCUUCCGGAUGCACCGCGGGUGUUCCAAUUGCUCAGUCGCGGUUUAGACAGAUGUAGCACGGCCGACAGCAAUACAACCCCAGCGCAGAACAACGGAGCAAAUACCACUGCAGACUCAGAUAAUCUAGCUCAUUCAGUUUCUCAGCUCGGUGUGGCAGAUACAACAGACCCAUCGCCGAAAUUAUACAUCUUGGCCGAUACAUCCUACGGAACUUGCUGCGUCGACGAGGUGGCUGCGGAGCAUGUGGAUGCCGACGUCGUCAUCCAUUAUGGCCGGUCAUGCCUCUCUCCGACAUCUAGACUACCAGUGAUCUACGUCUUCACACAUAAACCUCUUCCCAUCGACCCCGUCGUUCGCGCUUUCAAAGAGACCUACCCUGACCCUACCGCGAAGGUCAUCCUCGCAGCUGAUGUGACCUACACCGAUCAUACCCCCGCAGUGUACUCGCGGCUUGUGAAGGAAGGUUACUCCAACUUGUUUGCCACGGAGCUGGUCCAUGAUCCGUCGUCUGCCAUCCCCAAUCGAACGGUGCCGGAGUCAGUUCGCGAAAGUCCGGAGUCAUUAUCAGAAUGGCAGCUUUUCCACAUUUCAGAGCCUCCCACAGCUCUCCUAAUGACGCUUGCAUCUCGUGUUGCUUCGAUUCACAUAUACCCUACGGAUGAUUUGACGAGCGAAAACAUCAAACCCUUGCCUGCAUCGACUGCGAUCGCUUUGCGACGUCGGUAUGCUAUCUUGACCUCCCUCAGCACUGAACCAAUCUUUGGGAUUUUAGUCAACACCCUCAGUGUUAGGAAUUAUAUGCAUAUUGUGGAUCACGUGAAGCAAAAGAUCGCGGAGGCUGGGAAAAAGAGCUAUGUCUUUGUGGUGGGGAAGCUCAACGCAGCGAAGGUGGCUAAUUUCAGUGAGAUCGGUGGCUGGGUAGUCAUCGGUUGCUGGGAGAGUUCCUUGGUUGACAGCAAAGACUUUUGGAAACCGGUGAUCACCCCGUUUGAGUUGGAACUUGCACUCAAGGGGGAUGCCGAGCGGGUCUGGACCGGAGCCUGGCAGAGUGACUUUCAAAGUGUCCUUGAUCAACCCAUCCAGGAAGCCAAGGACGAAGAUGAGACGAAUGGUGCGACCGCAGAGGAGGAAGACGAUGUGUCGGAAUCCGAAUCCGCACCUCCCGAGUUCGAUUUGCGCACCGGUCGAUAUGUCUCGCAUUCAAGGCCGAUGAGGAAUUCCGCACCCCGCGUUUCAGCCCCAGUCGAUGAUGCAGCGUCAGCAGCGAACAGUCCAUCUGCUGCUCGAGCGCUAGCCAAACGGGCCAACGGUGAUUUAGCCAUGAUCGGCGGGACUUUCUCCCCAGGGGCGGAAUUCCUUCGAUCGCAACGGACAUGGAAGGGAUUGGGGAGUGACUUCGAUAUUCAAUAUGAAGAAGAAGACGCUUCGGAUAGUACCUUGGUAGUGGAAGGGCGCAAGGGUGUUGCAAGGGGAUACACAGUGGGCGAUUCAAUAAACCGACACUAA